AAUAAUGGCAUAGAAGUCUGAACCAGAACCGCAUUCUGAUCUCAGAGACAGAAACAACUGCAGAGCAGAGUGAGGAGGUUCACACGCUUUUAAAUGUGGACUCUGGAUUGAAAUACCAACCAAUUUUUCUGAAUCUCUCGUGAAGUUCUUCACAAGAAAGUUACAACCCAAUCACUAAUCACCACUCCUCCCACUUCCCUUCCCUCUUCUCGCAUCAAUCAAUACCGUUUUGGGUUUGGAUCUAAACUUUUAUUUGAACUCUAAAACAAGAAAUCUCAUUGGGUAAAUCGACAUUGGGCUAGCUUACAUACCCUUUUUUUUUUUUAAAAAAAAAGAAUGUAAUUGCUUUUUCUAUCGAGUUAAUCUUUUCUUGUUAAUUGGGAGUUUUUCUGAUCCGGGUAUUUCUGGUUUUGAUUUCUUAGGAUUUGAGUCUCAAACCAUUUUACUGUAUAGCCACUUGUUCAUAUUUUAUUGGCAUUUUCUUGGAAAGCUUGGGAUCUCUAGGAAAAGUAGUUUUGCUUUUCUGUUUUAGUAAGUUUAUGUGGCUGGGUUUUACAAGAUUCCAAACUCUCUGGUCUUUUCAUUAUCACUUUGUCUCCGCAAACAGUACCUUCUCAGUGAAUGGCAAUGGAUUCUUGCUGUGUCGCCAUGAAAGCUAAUGUCCACACAGUGCAAGGUGGGAGAGGAGAUUAUAGGUGUUGGGGUGAGAGAAUAAGGGGGAGUCUGAAUAGCAAGAUUUUGGGUACUCAGUUACGGAAAACCUUUAGGGCUGAAAGUAGAGACUCCAAGGUUAAACCUGGGACGGUUUUCUCUGUUCUUACAUCAGAUAUUAACAAAGAACUUCUGACAUUUGAGGCACCAUCAUUUGAGUAUCCAAAAGUAGAACCGAGGAAUGUAGCCUCGAUCAUAUUGGGUGGAGGCGCGGGGACUCGCCUCUUUCCACUCACUAGUAGAAGAGCUAAGCCAGCUGUUCCGAUUGGAGGUUGUUACAGGCUGAUUGAUGUGCCCAUGAGUAAUUGCAUCAACAGUGGCAUAAGAAAGAUUUUCAUCCUCACUCAGUUCAAUUCUUUUUCCCUCAAUCGUCAUAUUGCUCGCACAUAUAACUUGGGAAAUGGCAUCACCUUUGGGGAUGGUUUCGUGGAGGUUUUGGCUGCCACCCAAACACCGGGAGAAGCUGGAAAAAAGUGGUUCCAAGGAACAGCAGAUGCUGUGCGGCAAUUCAUAUGGGUAUUUGAGGAUGCCAAGAACAAGAAUGUGGAGAACAUAUUGAUUUUGUCUGGUGAUCAUCUCUACAGGAUGGAUUAUAUGGACUUUGUGCAGAAACAUAUUGAUACACAUGCUGAUAUCACGGUUUCAUGUGUCCCCAUGAAUGAUAGCCGAGCAUCAGAUUAUGGACUGAUGAAAAUUGACAAAACAGGACGUAUCAUCAACUUUGCUGAGAAACCAAAAGGCCCUGCACUGAAACAAAUGCAAGUUGACACCUCUGUCCUCGGACUCUCUGAGAAAGCUGCUGCAAACUACCCCUACAUUGCAUCAAUGGGUGUUUAUGUGUUUAGAACUGAUGUCUUACUAAAGCUUUUGAGGUGGAGGUACCCUACAAGCAAUGACUUCGGCUCUGAAAUCAUUCCUUCUGCUGUGUCUGAUCAUAAUGUCCAGGCAUAUUUAUUCAAGGACUACUGGGAGGACAUCGGGACAAUAAAGUCUUUCUUUGAUGCCAACUUGGCCCUUACAGAGCAGCCUCCAAUGUUUGACUUUAAUGACCCGAAGACACCUUUCUUUACAUCUCCUAGGUUCUUGCCACCGACUAAAAUGGAAAAAUGCAAGAUUGUGGAUGCCAUAAUUUCACACGGGUGCUUCUUGCACGAAUCUAAUGUCCACCACUCCAUAGUGGGUAUUCGUUCACGUUUAGAGACUGGUGUUGAGCUUGAGGAUACGAUGAUGAUGGGUGCAGACUACUAUCAAACUGAAUCUGAAAUUGCAUCUCUGUUAGCGGAGGGAAAGGUUCCCAUUGGUGUUGGACGGAAUACCAAGAUCAGGAAUUGCAUAAUUGACAAGAAUGCCAAGAUAGGAAGAGAUGUGAUCAUUGCAAAUACAGAUGGUGUUGAGGAAGCAGAAAGACCAGAUGAAGGAUUCUACAUUAGAUCCGGGAUCACAGUGGUACUGAAGAAUGCAACUAUUAAAGAUCGAACCAUCAUAUGAAAUCUUGUCCAGUGAAAACCUCUGGUUCUGGUUUACAGCUUUAGUCUUUUUCGCAAUAAAAUGCCAUUAAAAGGGUUGCUCCUAUAUGUAAAUUACGACCUUUUUUUUCACGUAUGUAAGAAGGGAUUUUGAGAUGUAGUUUAACAGUGUAGUUUUACAAUAAAUCAUGGAGUACUUUACUUUUUAUUUUA